UCUUGUUUAAUUAACAAUAGCUCUUAUUGAGACGCUUUAUUGGUGACCCCGACGUGAUUGUUCGAUUUUUGCAACUCGUUUUGUAUCCAACAUGGACAAACCAAAAGUCGAAUGGUUCGCACAAGCCGAAGCGCAAUGCGUAUUGCGAGGAAUCACCGCCGAAGAUACCAAAUACUACCACCUUCUUUCGGCUUUGGAUCAAGACACCGCGAGGCGGGUGCUCUAUUUCGUCUACAGUCCGCCUGAAGAGAAUGAAUACAUCCUCCUUAAAAACACCAUCUUUGUCGACUCGCUGCCACUUGAAUUACGACCGCACCUUGUUCCGUCAAUGCAAAUCAUUCUAGCAUCAUUGGCUGAUCAUCGGAUCACUUCGAACCCGUUCGACCCGUCCCUUUCGGUAAUCCAUAACAGAUCUUUAGAUCAAAGGGCUAUGAGGGAACUGUCACCACCUUGGAAGAAUUUGUGAUUGUUGCACCGCAAAUGGGGCAAUAAAGCCGUCCGGUGCGAACCCCCAUGUUGAUUUAUCCGUUCCAACAAGCCAAGAAUCGACUCCGUCCAGGGAAGCUGGGAAGACGACCAUUAGUAAAAGAAAUUGGUGGUCGCUUGCUUUAUGUAACAAAUACAAACAAUAAUCUAUCUUAUCUUAUCAAUUCUGGCGCUCAAGUGAGUGUUUUACCCGCAUCCCAUAAGCUGUGAUCUCAACCUCAAUCUCCGAUGUUCUCGGCGGCCAAGGACACUUGAAAAACUUAUCCAACCCAUAUCCUUCUUGUCUUAGACAUCUUUUUGAAUCAAGAUCGGUCAUUCUAAACACCGGUGGCCAUUUUUGACCACCUUCCAGCAAUUUCUGCCAUUUUUUGCCACUUCCUGCCAUUUUCUGCCAUUUUCAGCCACUUGUGGCAAAAAGUGGCAGAAAUGUUGGUUUUUUGUGGUGUAGGAGUACAUAGAAAGAUGCGUAAGAUAUUACAAGAUUGGGAUCACGUGUUCACU